AUGUCAUUAACAAAUGGUCAAUAUAACCAAACAAAUUCUCGUCGUCGUUAUACUCUUCAACCAUCAAUACAUAGACAACAAUUAAAUCCAAAUAAUUCCAUUUCUUAUUCAUCAAAUUCUAAAAGACAUUCAUAUAAUAAUAAAUAUGAAAUAAGAUCUUCUACAGAUGAACAAAUUGAUGAUCCAUGGGUUAAAGAAUUACUUCAACGUGAUAUUGAUUUUUCUAAAUUAGAUCAUCGAUCACCUCCAAUUCAAAUAAUAAAUAUUAAAAAUAAUUCGAAAGCAAUAUCACAACAUUUUUCAUCUAAUCAGAAUAAUUUUAAUAAUAGAAUAAAAACGUCAUCUUCUCAAAAUCAUUUCCGAACAAAAGAAAAUUUCAUCCCAUCAAAUCAAUAUCGUUUAUCUGAAUCCAAUCAUCAUCCAUCAAGAAAAUGGAUUAUUGAACAAUUACCAAAAUCAAAUGACUUUUCUUUAUAUAAUAAUCAAAGAAAUUCCAGACAAUAUCAUUUACGAAAACCAAAUAUUGAUGAAGAAGAAUCCCUUAUUCAACAACAACGAAAAAAUUCAGUUCAUUAUAAACAAUCCCAACAUAUUAAUACAAAUGAUGAAGAAGAAAAUAAUGAUAAUAAAAGUGGAGUUAAAAAUAUUUGGAAUUUAUUUUCUGGUAAAGAAAAACGAAAUAUGUUUAUAUAUAUAUUAGGAAUAAUGUUGUAUAAAUUUGGAUUAGAAGCAUUUAAUGGUUCAAUUGUUAGUUUAGCAACAAAUCGUUAUGAUCGUGAUGCAUUUCAUGCUGGAAUUUCAGCUCGUACAUUUGAAAAAGUUGGUUUAUUAGUUGGAGUAAAUCAAGCAUUUCAAUGUAUUGGUUCAAUAUUAAUUGCUCCAUUAAUAAAACAUUGGCCAACACGAACUGUUUUAUCAAUAUCAAUAUUUAUAUUUUCAUUAUUAACAGCAUUACUUAUGAUUGUUGAUGCAUCAACUGGUGGAAAAAUUAAACCAUCUAAUUUUUAUCCAAUGUAUGAACAUGAUUAUAGUUAUUAUGGAAGUUAUCCAACAAAUAUUAUAAUACCAAUAUAUUGUUUAACUGGUAUUGCUUAUGGAAUGGUUGAACUGAUUCGACGAAUAAUUCCUCGUGAUAUUGUUGGAACUGAUGAAGAAAAAUUACAAAGAAUGGAUGCAUUAGUACAUGUUUUUUAUGAAAUAGCUGGUGUUAGUGGUGCCUUUCUUACUGGUUUGGUUCUAAUUCCACGUUUAGGUAAUAAUUAUGCUUUUAUAAUAACACCGAUCUUAUUUACUUUAUCAUCAAUUGUUUGGUUUUUUAUAAAUUCAUAUGGAACUAAAACAAAUAUUUCGAAUGAUGAUAUACCUGGAGGAAAUAAUAAUGAAAAAACAAAUUAUUUUAAAGCACUUAUAAAAGGAUUUCUUUUAUUUGGUGAAUCAGUUUAUAUUGGUGGAAAAAUCAUAUUUUCAAAUCGAAAAUAUAUUUGGUUAUUUCCAUGUUAUUCCUUAACACUUUAUGUACAUCGUUAUAUAGAAAAUGGUAUUGCACCACAAAUAGCUAAAAGAUAUUUAAAUAAUUCCGAAUGGUCACAAAUAAUUGUUGGUGGUUCGAAUUUUGGUGAAUUACUUGGAGCAUUAUCCGUGUUUUUUUUAACAAAAAAAAUUCGAAGUCCAAUUGUAUGGUUAAGAUUAGAUUGUUUAUUAUUAUUAAUUGUAUGGUACAUACCAUUUUAUAAUCCAUCUUCUAUAUCAAUUAAACAUGCAUGGUUAAUUGCUUUAUCGUUUUUACCAUUUGGAUUUGGUUCAGCUGGUGAUGAUGUUUCAUUAAGUGCACAUAUUCAAUCAGCAUUAAGUAAACCAGAAUUAAAAAAUAAAGAUGUUUCAUCAUUAGGUGCUGUUAUGGCAUUUCUUUAUUCAUCUUAUAUUAUUUUAUAUGCUAUUUUAAAUCCAUUACUUGGAAAAUAUAUUGAUUCAGUUUAUAAUACACAUCAAACAAUUCGACCAGCAUUUAUUUAUACGGUUGGUAUGCAAAUAUCUAUUAUUUCAUUUCUUGUUUUUAUAUCAACUUUUAUUCCACGAAAUUCUUUUAAAUUAAAUCCAUCUUUAGAAUAA